UCUUUUAUUUUUAAGUGCCAUAUUAACGAUCUAUGUGGCACAAUAUUAUUACAAAUAUUUUACUCGUGUCAAUCCUCUACCUGGGCCAUUUCCAUUCCCAUUCGUUGGUAAUUUACCUCAAUACUAUUUGUGGUUUAAUGGAGAAAAUAAAAAAUUUUACGAAUAUAAUUACAAGAAAUAUGGUGACAUAUGCGAGGUUCAGUUUAAUGAACGGGCUAUAGUUUUAUCUAGAACAGAAUAUAUUGAAAAACUUUUAAC